AGCAACAGAAGAAUGCUUGCUUUCUCUGCGCCCACCCGAGCUGGUGCGUCGAACAAAAUCGCAAAAUUUGUAAUUGUAAAAAAGAGGGGAACAACCUGCUAAUUAAUUUGUCUUUUCCACUGCGCGAAUGGGUACACUGCUACGACUACUUUGCGUAGCCUAGUCUUAAUUGUCAUCCUCUCUUGAGACCAGGACGACCUAUCUCAUCAUUAGUCGAGGUAGAAGACAUCCUUCCCAUAUCAUCUUUCGUUCAACAACAUCAACAUCAACUACAACACACAGUCACAGUACGAGUCGUACUUCAAGUUCAAAGAGAACAGCAAAAUGUCUUCGUACAUCGAUGGUCUUUCUAAGGACGUGCAGGAGCUGGAGUCUCUUGUCGCGAUUGCAAAACGACCUGUCGUCAAGAAGCUACUCGAGACACAAUUGGCACAGAGCCGAGUCCAGCUAGAUGCGUCUAGGAAGAACGAGGAAAGUGCUAGACCUGUGGUACUAAUUGAAGAUGUCACAUUACGGCAAUUUCCCCAAUGAACUUGCUUAGUAACGCCGCGGCAGCGGGCAUGAUCCGUGGCUGCUUUUUGGUGAUACUUGAUAGUAUAUCGCUCGGUUUGCUUGCUCUUCUUAGAAGGUACAGGCAGACUGAGACAACUUCUCUUUCAAUAAGUUACUUUGAAACACGAGAGGUUCCAUGACAUGACAUGACAUAAUCAUGGUCCAUCUUCCUCUUCAGAGAAGUCAUCCUAGGAGACGAGUCUCUUUUCAAGGGGAAUGUAUGUACCCCUAGAAUGGGUUUACUACUACUACUACUACUACUACCUAGGAUGCAUCUCGAGAUGGACUAGGAUGCAUCUCGGGCUCUAAUCACAGAGUCGAUGGACGGAGCAAAUGGAGUGGAGGAUCACGAUGUGGAGAUGAAGAAAGCUGUUGUAACAUCUACUUCUGCAGGUGGAGGCCCUGAUGCGUCAUUGAGAUGGACAGAUGUGACGAUGUAUGAGAUGAAGAAAGGCAAGGGCUUCAACGACCCUCAAGUCAUCGUUGACCUGAGACUGAAAGGUACUUGUUCUAGUACAACUACUACAGUUACAUUUUUAGAAGAACUUCAUCUUCUUGAUGAUGAAGCCAAAUAUGGACUCCUGCCGAGUUUUAACUAGAAACUCUGCUCUUGCUGGAGGGAGACGCUGAUGCUGACAACGACCAUUUGUUUCAGAUCAUGCCGAGUCAUCAUUUAUGUCUACCAUUUUCAGGUGUCGAGACCCUCUUAAAAGAAGCUGUGACGUGUGACUUCACGCACAUGUCUUUAGACCUAAAGGUUCGUGGAUUAGAGGGUGUCAAUUACCGCUUCCGAAGACCAGCGCUCCUUCACGAUAUCAUCGCGGCUGAAAGUUCGUUUUUGGUGAAAAAGAACCAUGUUCUCAUCACUUUGCAGAAAGAAAAGGGAGGAACUAUGGGGUAUUACUAAUAGUGUACAUGUUGGAUAUUAUGAAUUAUGUGAAGGGGUACACUACUACUACUGAAGAUGGCUGCUUGUUGCGGAACAAGGUAUGUAUUACUACAAGGAAGAAGAACCACACCGUGUCCGUGAAUAUUAGCUUGAUUCUAAUCGAGAAAAAAAUGUUGUUAUCGUCAUUUCUGUCCACCACAAAUCCACAACCCAAAUCUCCAAUCAACCAGUUACGAGACCUGGAACGAUCUCCAUGGUCGAAAGAAGAACGAGGAGGAAAGAAAGCAAAAGAGCAAGGAUCCAAGUGCAGGCAUUAUGUCGAUGAUGAAAGACAUGUACGAGGAUGGGGAUGACCAGAUGAAAAAAGUCAUUGGCGAAGCAAUGAGCAAGGCCUACAGUCGAAAUAAAGACGAUGAUCCUAUGGGAGGUAUGGGAGGUAUGCCAGGUAUGGGAGGUAUGCCAGGUAUGGGAGGUAUGCCAGGUAUGGAUUCUCUUGGUGAGGGGUUUUAAGAGCAGGCACAAGUCAUGGAAAGCGAAUAUUCAAUAUGGUGCUUGACCCCGACACUUUUCAAUUAUGAAGAUGGGCAUUGCAACACUUGCUGCUUCCACAAACUCGUCCCUCCUUAUUCUGCGUGGUCUCGUUCGUGAACCAGCGUGCGAAGGGACCUUAUUCAACUACAACUUGACAACCCCAAGCUCCUAUCCACUUCGCGGUUGUAGCGUCAUGUCUACCAGCUCCCCCAUUUCACUCCAAAAACCUGAUUUCAGAGAUACAUUUAGUGAAGUAGAGCUGCACCACCGCGAAGAUCAAGAUAGUACUACGUCCACUCUAGAGAUACUAGAGAAACGAUGUUUUUUCAGAAGAGAUCAAUGCG